AUGGCGGACAACAGUCGAGCUCCACAAAUUGUCACGUUUGGUUACAAGGACUAUGAACUGGACCGUGAAAACAAAAAAAGAUUUGCCAGAUGCAGAGUAUGCAACACACGGAUUUCGGACACGACAACCACAACGUCAAAUUUCAUCCGACACUACAAGAACCACAAGGAAAGAUAUGAUGAAUAUCUCAAAACCAAGAUACACUGCAGCGAUCUUCAGCAGCCUUCCAUGUCGCAGUUCAUUGUGCCCCAGACUACUACAUAUCCAGUCAACCACCCACGACAAAAAGCCAUUACAGAAGCAAUUAUAUCUGAUCUAAUCAUUAAUAGCAACAUGCCCCUGUCUAUCACUGACAACAAGCUCUUCAUUCACUUCCUGUCCAUUAUGGAUGCAAAAUAUACUGCAGUGAGCCGCAGAACCGUCACCUCAAGACUUGAAGCUAUGGUGUCUGAGAGACGAUCAAAGCUGAUAAGGGAAAUAGCCACAGUUGAAAAUCUGUCUGUCACUGUUGACAUCUGGUCAGACAGAAGAAUGAGAGGCUACCUUGGCGUCACUGGUCACUGGAUGGACACUACAGCAGAUGCAAUAACAUUGAAAUCUCAUCUACUAGCUUGCAACCGCUUCAAGGGGUCACAUACAGGAGAGAGAAUAUGUGCAAAUAUGAAGAAGGCAUUCACCACAUGUUUUCCCAGUUCAGAUGAAGCAGAUGAGAAUGAUGAUGACUGCCUUGAUGAUGCAGAGCUUUGGAAUGCCCUUCCAGUGGAUGAGGAGGAGAGGCUGAAUGUGACACUGACCUCCAAAAGUCAGCACAGACUACAGUGCUUUGCACACACACUACAAUUGGUUGUUGGUGAUGGUCUUAAAGAGACCAGGGCUGUCAGUGCGGCUCUGGCCAAAGCGUCACGGAUCAGUUCUCUGCUCCACACAAGUACUUCUUUUAAAGAGGAAUUUGAGAAAGAAUUUGGCCAACGUGGAGUUCCUGCUUCUGUUGUUACUCGAUGGAAUUCGACAUUCAGACAGGUGAAGUCUUUGCUUAGCUGUGACUACCAAACUUUGUGCAAGGUUUUGGAUGUUAGAGGGCACAGAGAGACUAUUUUCACUGUAAGCGAGUGGGCUCAGAUCAAAGAUCUGGUCAGCAUUCUGAAGCCCUUUGCUGAUGCCAAUGAUCUCACACAGGGAGACAAAGUUGUAACCAUAAGUGCUGUGAUUCCCUGUGUUCUCUCCCUCAACCACCACUUGGAAAACCAGAAAGAAAGAACACAAUACUUGGUCAACCUAGUCCACAGUCUUCAAAGAUCACUGCAAAAAAGAUUCAAAGGCAUCUUUGUCAAUGUAAAAAUGUCACAGCAACACACCAAUGAAGGGAUCCUGCCAUUCUCUGAUCCUGUUUAUGUCAAAGCAGCUGUUCUUGAUCCAGCUUUUGGAGUUAUGUGGAUAGAGCAUGAUGUAUUGGUUGAUGACAAGCUGAAGGAGCAGUUGACUAUGGAAGUAAAAAAUCUGAUUCUCGAGGAGACAGACCAUACCAUUAUGGAACAGACAGGUCAUGGGGAUGAAGAAGAGCAAAUCAAAGGUGAUGAAACUGGGCUGUUCGUAUACCACAAAAAGCUGAAGAAAUCCACUCAUUGCAGCCCUGCUGCCCAGCUCAACCAUUACCUGGACAAUUGCGAUGGCCAGAACUGCCUUUUGUUUUGGGGAAUGAACAAGGAGGCAAUGCCUUCACUGUUCCAAAUAGCAAUGAGGGUAUUAGCUGUGCCUGCCUCAAGCGCACCUGUCGAGCGUGUGUUCAGCCAUGGAGGGAUUAUUAUGCGGCCCCAUCGUUCACAACUUAGCGCCAACGUCUUGUCAAACCUUAUUUUCUGUAAAUGCAACACGUUUUAGACCGUUUCAAUUAAAUUUAAUUAGAUUGUUUUACACAUUUCAGAGUGGAUUUCUUUUGUGUAAGCAACACUUUUAUUUUCAAAUAUUAAUGUUACACAGAUAUGCUUAUAAUUCAUAUAUAGUAAUGUGAAUAAGAU